GGCCACUUUCCUCAACUUGAUGUCAAUAGUUCUUAAGACAUUAUCCGGUCAUGUGACCCGUGGGCAUACCACGUGGUGGCGAAACGUUUAAAACUAGUGAGUCGCUGUUGUAGACGCCAGUCUCCGUCACAACACCUAUUGCGCAGCUCCUCUGUCUCCUUGAACUGGCGGACAGGGAUAUUGAUUCCUUCGACGCUCCAGCCGUCAGCAGAGGGAACUUUCCAGGAGUUACAACAUAACUUUCAGAACAUUUCCCGGAUUUUCUACCAUGUUUGGUAACUGAACAGUGUUUGUUUUUUAACGUUAUUCUAACCUGCGUGUCUUGGAUAUAAAUAAAGUGACAAUAAAGUCCAUGUGCAAUGCAGAACACUACAGGAAAUAUUCCAUAUAGGGGUAGUUUUACCUGGCCUACCCACGACGUAGGAAGCACCCCAUAUACCAGCACUGAUGUGAACACGACCAGUAAAGUCAACGAUACCUACGACAUCAACGACUAUUAUGAUUACGACUAUGAUGUAGCGGUGACAUCUCUGCCGCUGGAGGAACUCAUCCCAGUGUCGCUUGCGUACAGCAUCACCUUGGUGUUUGGACUGUGUGGCAACUUCCUGGUCAUCUUCGCUGUGUGCAGGUACAAGAGUCUACGGAGCAUCACCAACGCCUUUCUAACCAGCCUUGCAUCAGCUGACCUGCUUCUCGUGCUCAUCUGUGUCCCCGUCAAGUGCGCUGCAUUCUUUACCUUCACAUGGUCAUUCGGCGCCUUCCUGUGCAAGUUCGUCCACUACAUGCAGACGGUGUCGAUGAUCUGCUCUGUCAUGACUCUUACUGUCAUGAGCAUCGAAAGGUUUAUUGCAAUAUUGAUGCCCCUCAGAGCCAAAUAUAUCUGUACAAGUGCACAUGCACGCGUCGUCAUCUUCUUCACAUGGGUUGUGUCUUUCUCCAUGGCUACCCCGGUUUUAGUGAUACAGACGCACCAUGAAGUCGGGACAGUACGGAAGGCCUACUGGUGUAUCAAGAAGUAUGGUGACCCAAGUCUGGCCAUCUUGUUUGAGUCGUACAUGUUCAUCAUUAUCUUCGUGGUGCCAGUACUGGUGAUGGUGGUCGCCUACACGGGGAUCUGCUGUGAGCUGUCGCGAGUGUCAGGCGCCAGAUUGGCACUAGGUGUUACACAGGGCGGGAGUUACGCAUCUCAUGAAAGAACACCAAUGGUUCGCCAGACAGGUGGCUGUGUGGCUCCCAUAUACAGACACCCCAACCAGGUGUUUAAAGAGCCAAGAGAAAAGAAGUCACGACUGGAUGAAGAGAAAUGUAAAGUGAUCCAGAUGUUGAUUGUGGUGGUUGUGCUGUUCAUCAUCUGCUGGGGGCCUAUCCUCAUCAACAACCUCCUGGUAUCCACGGGUGUAUUGCCCGAGCUCCACAUUGGCUACCUCAAACCAAUGAGACAGGCCUUCUUCCUUAUGUCAUAUAUGAACAGCUGCACCAACCCUGUGGUGUACGGCUUUAUGUCCAAGAACUUCAGGAAGAGUUUCAAACAUGCCAUAUUGUGUUGCUGCCGGACAAGGGUCAGAAAGAGGGAGAUGGAACAAUCCUUUGCCACAAGAACCACCAUGGUGGACAGCAGUAGCCACCAACUGGACAAUAUCCAAGCCGGGAGUUACAGAUCUACACCAGCAACGCAGUACCGGCAUCUUCCUCCACAGAUGGGUCACAGGUUUAACACAAGGAUAUAACACAGCUGGUAUAUAGGAUGUUCACACACUCUCACGUAUAUAUCAAUAAACUAUUCCUGCUUCGUUCCAGAAAACAGUCAAGCCUGGUUGAAACAGAGGGGCUAAAGUUGUGUUGUGCUUGUGAAUAUCAUUCUCGCACCGAGUUCGCAUAUUCAGUAAACAGUAAAGCGACCAUAGCUUUGUGAAACAGAGGAGUAUAUAGCCUCCUCAAUAUGUAUCGUUACUUUACUUUGCAAAUACAUUUUGAAGAAAUUAAAGUAUCUUAGAACUAAAAACAAUAACUAUGUAAAAUUUUGUCACUGACACUCUGCUAACGACAGGACAGGUCAUGUUUACCCUUUUAGCAAACACCUGCUGUCAUCACCGACCUCCAGUGGUCCAUUCAUAUGAUUUACAUAGAUGGAAUCUAUUUCUAAAGGACGGGAUAUUCUUUUAUAAUUUCAACCAAUCUUAUCAAUGUUACUUUUGAAUUAACAAAAUCAUUUUGGGGGGCUGAGCUAAGAACUUCGAUUUGGGUUGAAAUCAUUACUGCUAUGACAUAACGAAGAACCAUACAUAUGUAUGAUACUUGGAAACACAUACAUGUAUAUAGAUGAUACUAAACAACCUUUCGUGUAAUACC